UCCCGCCUCCUCUGCGCUCCGGUUCCUCUUCUUGCUUUCCGCAACACGUCGCGUUUUGUUUUUCACUCUUUCUCUUUCCUCCUCCUUCUUUUCUUUUUCUCGAUACAUGGCGCUGAGGAGCCGCGCGUGCCGGUCGCCUCGUAUCCGUCCAUCACCGGGCGUCGCGGAUUUGGAUGUAACGGCGCGAGAGGGAAAAAAUCGGCGGUAAGACCGGUAGCUUACCGGGCGGCCAGGAGCGCGCCACCAAACCUCCAUCUCUCCAUCUAUCCUCACAUCCUUACAUCAAUCCAUACGUCCUCCCACUGUGCAUCUCUCUCUCUCUCUCUCUCUCUCUCUCUCUCUCUCUCUCUCUCUCUCUCUCUCCUACGUCGCUUUAUCUCUCUCUCUCUCUCUCUCUCUCUCUCUCUCUCUCUCUCUCUCCGUCCAUGUCGCGCGAUGCCGCACGCGGAUGCCGUUCCCGUUUUCGGAGGACAUUUUCGCAGCUCUAGGAGCCACCUAUGGAAACUGGGGACCAAAAUUUUAGGAAGAAAAGAAAGAGGAUAUCAGCCGGGUCUUCCUUUGAUUUUAUUUCAUUUUAUUUCCCCCUUUCAUCUGUCUGUUGAUUGAUUGAUUGAUUGAUCGAUCGAUCGAUUCUGAUUGGUUGGUUUUCUCCCUCGUGCAUUUGCUUCCUUUUUCUAAUUUUGACAGGGAUGUCACCGGCACAUCUGCACACCACCGUCCUAUAGUCUUCUUCUGAUUUCACUUAAAAUCAUCCACCAGUUUAUCCGGCCAUGCCUUUCUUCAUGCUUCUUUUUUUCCCUCCUUAUUGAAACAGGGUGCUUAGUUAUAGCUUACAGAAGGAGCAAGGUGUGUAUGUCUGUGCAUAUAUAUAUAUAGCUAUAUAUCUCUAUAUAUAUGUAUGUGUAUGUAUGCGUGUGUUUUUGCAAAUUUUGCUGCUCUUUAGCUCCACACUUGUUGUGAUUCAUUGCAUAUAUAGAUCUUUUAAAAAAAAUACGAAGGGCAAAGCGUCUCUCUGUUCCUCGUCCACCCCCAUUUCACGCCAACAUUUCAUCUUUGCGUUCCUCCGGAGUGCUGUAUUUAACACCUUUAACACAUCGUAGAGAACGAGACAAGCUCAGAACCUGCGAAAGGAUUAAACUCACACUUGUGCUUGUCACAUGCAGGUCUCAGAUCUUCAUCAUGUCAUUAAAGUCCCUCUAAGUAAUUUUGAUGAUAGGUUAGUACAUGUAUAUCGUGUUUAAUUAAAGAUCCGGACGUAACUACGCUGCUUCUUUAGCCUGGUUUAUUGUGUAAAAGUAGCAGAGGAAAAAAAAAAAAAAAAGCACAGCAUCAGCCGAAAAGGCUUUUCCAAAUUUCUUUCCUAAUCAGUAAUCGUACAAACGCAACCAUAAGGUUCCCGGCGGGUCCGUCUUCUUCCCCCUCCUUCCGCUCCAACCUGUCCCGUUUUUUCCAUUCGGUCCGUUCCCCUCCGUUCUCCAAUAUUUAUUUCCUGUACGUGAAGAGGAAAGGGGGUCCCCCCGUCGUGCAAUGCAGCAGCAUGGGCACGUUUGACCGUGGCGUGCAGAUGCUGCUGAGCACGGUGGGCGCGUUUGCUGCGUUCAGCCUCAUGACCAUCGCUGUGGGCACAGACUACUGGCUGUACUCACGCGGCGUCUGCAAGAUCAAAACGACCAACGAGAACGAGACCAGCAAGAAGAACGAGGAGGUCAUGACCCACUCUGGCCUGUGGAGGACAUGCUGCUUGGAGGGAACCUUCAAAGGACUCUGCAAGCAGAUCGAUCACUUCCCGGAAGACGCCGAUUACAAAGCAGAUGCCUCCGAGUACUUCUUACGUGCUGUGAGAGCAUCCAGCAUCUUCCCCAUCCUCAGCGUUAUCCUGCUCUUCAUGGGAGGCCUGUGUAUAGCUGCCAGCGAGUUCUACAAGUCCCGACACAACAUCAUCCUCAGUGCCGGGAUCCUCUUCGUCUCGGCAGGUCUCAGUAACAUCAUCGGCAUGAUCGUGUACAUAUCGGCGAACGCAGGUGAUCCCACCAAGAGCGACUCGAAGAAGAACAGCUACUCGUACGGCUGGAGCUUCUAUUUCGGCGCUCUUUCCUUCAUCAUGGCCGAGAUGGUCGGAGUCUUAGCCGUGCACAUGUUCAUCGACCGGCACCGGGAGCUGAGGUCAGGUGUGAGGGCCGCCGAUUACCUGCACGGUUCAGCCAUUACCCGAAUCCCCAGCUACCGUUACCGCUACCGACGCCGCUCACGCUCCAAUUCGCAGUCACGCUCCUCAUCACGCUCCACAGAGCACUCACAGUCACGUGAAGCCUCUCCAGUGGGGCUGAAAGGUUUCGGCACCCUGCCCUCCACCGAGAUCUCCAUGUACGCGCUCAAGGGGGGUCAUGGCACACCCACGGCCACCUACAACUCCGACAGGGACUUCCUCCAGGUCCACAACUGCAUCCAGAAGGACCCGAAGGACUCGGGUAACUCCGCAAACCGACGCACGACGCCGGUAUGAGGAACGCCAUCGCCUCAGAAACAAACACCACCACGGGUGGAAAAAAAAUCAGAGCUCUAACAUUUAACGUACCGUGAGUUCUUAUGAUUAGGAAGAACUGGGCGCAGUUCCUCUUCUAUUCCUCAGUCUGUCACGUUUGCAUGAUUUAGGUUUUUGUUUUUUUUGUUUUUCCCACCAUUUUUAUAUUAGAUAAAACCAGCUCGUGUGUUUGUGUGUGUGUGGACACGUUUUUUGGCCCUGGUUUUUUACUACCAUCCCUAACACGCCCUUGCCGACGUUCCCUGAACAGAGCGGUCACUUGAGGAAAACAUCUGACCUUGGCACUGAAACAAUCUCCAUGACGAUCCUUUUUUUUAUUUUUUUGUAUUUUUUUUUUUUUUUUGACUUAUGCGUCAGAAUGUCUUACUAAUUUGCUAGCAAAACAGCAACACAGUUUGGUUAGCUGUACAAUUUGGAGUCAUAUUUCAGAUGGUAAUUUUUAUUUUUUUUAACACUGGAAAUCACCAUGUUUCUGGGGUGAUGCUAACGCUCCUGAUGAUCUCUCAUCUAACGCUCGGCACUUUCAGCUAAUAAAAUAUUGUACUAGCGCACAAGACGAAGCCAGAAUUCGACAGAGAAAAAGGCGAUAAGGGCGUGUUAAAUUGUGGUAUUGAAACAAGGCCUAGGGUUAAAGAUAAGCUUGUAUUUUAUUUUGCGUCUUCAUUUGAUCAUUUGUGAUUUUGUUUGCUUUUUUUCUUUUUAAUUUUUUUCUUACAUAAAAACUGUGAAACACGGCAGAAGGGAUUUCAGUAAGGAAAAGCCCAGACUGCAAACAAAGCGAUACAUUAUAUACAUGUAUAAUGUAUUAAUUUUAUAAUUUAUUUAAAGACUUUCCUGAAGUGCAAAAAAAAGUAACAAAAAAAAGGACAAGAAACGAGAAACAAAGUGCAAAACCGACGAGUGAUGAGAAACCGAGCGACGUGAACAGAAAGUAAGAGCGAAAGAAAGAAAGAAAGAAAGAAAGAAAGAAAGAAAGAAAGAAAGAAAGAAAGAAAGGUUAAAAAAAAACGCCAAGAUUUUCCACCACGACGCUGCUGGAACAAAGGGACACUUUUGACUUUGACGAUGAAAAAUCUAUUCUUUUAAAAACCGAACCUUCUCACUUUUCGCUUCGUCCCUGUCCGCUUUCUCUUUUUUUUAUUCCUCCUCCCGCCUUCAGCCAGAGCUGAACCGAGCUACAGGCAGACGCUGAAGAAGAAAGGUCAGAGGUCAACCGGAUGGACUCCAGGAUCCACUGCCAUGACAGAGGAUGGAAAAAAAAAAGCAAGGAGGAGAGGGCGAGAAAAAAGACGAGGAUGCCGAACGCUCGAUCGUUGCGGAAACAAACGAACGGAUGAAAAAAAAAAAUAAGCGAGCGACGAAACGAACGAAGAAAGACAUGAAGCUAAGUAACUCAUGAAUAAAUACAGAAAUUAAAUGCAUGCUAUAAAUUUACAGAAAAUCUGCUCUUGAGACGUUUUAAAGGAUAACAAUAAUUAUAACGGGAGAAAAGCAAUGCUAAAAAAAUUAAUGUGUACUUCUUUUAUUUUCCUUUUCUCUUCUUUUUUUUUUUUUUUUUUUUUUAAUCCGACUCAUGAUCUUUAGCUAUGGUAACAAAUCAACCUACAACAAACUUUUCACUGCUUUUUCAUUAUAUAUCUUAUUUCCGUUCCUUUGUUUUUUUUGUUGUCGUCGCCGUCGUUGACUCUUUCUAUGUAAAUGUACAGAUUUCAUUUGGAAAAUUCACCCAGCCUUAGCCAUGUUGGUUUUUUUCCCUUCUUCUUCUUCUUCUUCUUCUUCUUCUUCUCUCUUUCUGAUAAUUUCGAUGUGUUGUUUCAAACGAACUCUAAAAGGUGCCAAAAUAUAGAAAAACAGAAAGAUCCUCAACUUGGAUGCAUCAAGUUCUGACGAAUAAAAAGACGAACCCCAGGGGGAACGACGACUCUGUGUGUUCUGUGUG